CGUCGCUAUAAAUUCGACCACGACAAAAUCCUCGAAAGCACAACCUCUCAUUCCCCGUCUCUCGCCAUGUCUGCACGCAGACCGACGCGCGCUCAUUCUUUGCGCAUCCUCUCCUCCUUCUCCCUUCUCGUUCUUUCUCUCCUCGCCUUGGUGUCCUUUUCGCCUGUAGCGAGCGCAGAGGAGGCUCACGCUGAGUAUGGAACUGUGAUUGGUAUCGAUUUGGGCACCACCUACUCUUGCGUUGGUGUCCAGCGAGGCGGCCGUGUAGAAAUCAUCGCAAACGACCAGGGUAACCGUAUCACUCCUUCAUGGGUCAGCUUUAUGGACGAUGAACGACUUGUCGGUGACAGCGCGAAGAACGCCUUCCACUCCAACCCCAAGAACACGGUUUUCGACGCAAAACGUCUCAUUGGUCGCAAGAUGGACGACGCUGACAUGAAGCGUGACCUCAAGCACUGGCCUUUCACUGUCGCCGAGAAGAACGGCAAGCCCGCGAUCACUGUCGCCUACAAGGGCGAGAACCGCGACUUCUCUCCGGAGGAAAUCAGCGCCAUGGUUCUCACCAAAAUGAAGGAGACCGCCGAGGCUUACCUCGGAGAGAAGGUCACCCACGCCGUUGUCACCGUUCCUGCCUACUUCAACGACGCUCAGCGUCAGGCUACCAAGGACGCCGGAACGAUCGCUGGUCUGACCGUGCUCCGUAUCAUCAACGAGCCCACCGCUGCCGCUAUCGCCUAUGGAUUGAACAAGAAGGGCGGAGAGUCGCAAAUCAUUGUCUACGAUCUCGGAGGAGGAACCUUCGAUGUUUCACUUCUCUCUAUCGACGACGGUGUCUUUGAGGUCCUCGCUACUGCCGGUGACACCCAUCUCGGUGGUGAAGAUUUCGACAACCGUGUUAUGGACUACCUCACCAAGCAGUACAAGAAGAAGACCGGCACUGACGUCACCUCGAACCUGCGCGCCAUGGGCAAGCUCAAGCGCGAAGUCGAGAAGGCCAAGCGUACUCUCUCCAGCCAACAAAGCACUCGCAUCGAAAUCGAGAGCUUCGAAGAUGGCAACGACUUCUCGGAGACCCUCACUCGCGCCAAAUUCGAAGAGCUCAACAUGGAUCUUUUCCGCAAGACCAUGAAGCCGGUGGAGCAGGUGCUCAAGGAUGCCAACGUGAAGAAGGAAGACGUUGACGAGGUUGUGCUUGUCGGUGGUUCUACUCGUAUCCCCAAGGUCCAGCAACUCCUCCAGGAGUACUUCGGUGGAAAGGAGCCAUCCAAGGGCAUCAACCCCGAUGAGGCUGUUGCCUACGGUGCUGCCGUUCAGGGUGGAAUUCUGUCUGGUGCUGAGGGUACCGCGGACGUCGUCCUCGUUGACGUUUGCCCGUUGACUCUCGGUAUUGAGACCACCGGUGGUGUCAUGACCAAGCUCAUUGCCCGCAACACUGUCAUUCCUACUCGCAAGAGCCAGAUCUUCUCUACUGCCGCCGACAACCAGCCCACUGUGUUGAUCCAGGUUUACGAGGGUGAACGUUCGAUGACCAAGGACAACAACCUGCUCGGGAAGUUCGAGCUCUCCAGCAUUCCUCCUGCCCCUCGCGGUGUGCCCCAAAUCGAAGUCACCUUCGAGAUUGAUGCCAACGGUAUCAUGAAAGUCGCCGCUGCCGACAAGGGCACUGGCAAGUCUGAGAGCAUCACCAUCACCAACGAAAAGGGACGUCUCAGCCAGGAAGAGAUUGACCGGAUGGUCGCCGAGGCUGAGCAGUUCGCGUCUGAGGAUGAGGCUCAGCGCAAGCGUAUCGAGGCUCUGAACUCGCUCUCCUCCUUCGUCUACGGUCUCAAGAGCCAGCUCGGUGACCAGGAGGGUCUGGGUGGCAAGAUCGCCGACGAUGACAAGAAGACCUUGCUCGCCACCAUCAAGGACACCACCGACUGGAUCGACGAGAAUGGUUCUUCUGCCAGCGCUGAGGACCUCGAGGAGAAGUUGGCCGAGAUUCAAUUGGUGGUCAACCCCAUCACCUCCAAGCUGUACUCUGGAUCCGGUUCUGGAGCACCAUCGGGUGAUGAGGAGUUCGGCUUUGACCACGAUGAGCUGUAA